AUGGCAGUCGGAUCUUCUCUCCACCUCCUGGCAGCGUUGCUUCUCACCCUCCCAGGCUUCGCCCAGAGCUUCAUGCCGAACUCCUUGUUCUUCUGGGUGCUGAGUCAUCGUGACGUCACCCAGACGGCGAUUCUGAGGAAAACAGCCGAGGUUUGCCGGGACGUUGCUGCUGCAGAGGGCAGAAGCUUCACUCUGGAGAUAACCGACACACUGUCGGUUAACAAAGUGCAAAAGGCCUGCUCUGUGCCGCUGCCCGGAUUCCCCGUCUCCAGCGAGAUGUUCCAAGCUGCAAUCAACAGCGUUCACCACAGCAGCGACGCCCUGCUGUCACCGGACCCGGCCUUCCACUUCCACAGCGAGGCCUUCCUCACCGGCAGGAGCCUCAUCACUCAAGGACUGUCGUCUCUAAAAGAUUCUGUGAAGAAGCAAAACUUUCAGGCAGCCAGAAUAACUCUUGGAAGAAUCUGUCACACCCUCCAGGACUUUUACAGCCACAGUAACUGGGUGGAGUUGGGAAGAACCACAGCUUACAGAGCUCUGAUCAGACCAGAUCAGCCUCUGGAGAACCUGGCAGGUCCUGAUGUUCCAACCUGUAAGAGCUGUUCUGGGCUGAGCUGCUCAGACAACAUACUGCCUGCAGUCCUGCAGCAGGGACUUCUCACCUCAGGCUACUACAACACCACAUCUUCAGCAAAACCUGCAGGUAAGUGCAGCCACGGUGGUAUCUUUGACCAGACGAGCAGAACCGAGCCAACCGGCGGUAUCAAUAAGGACACGGACGGGUCUUCUCACGGGCAGCUGCACCGAACAGCGGCGGACCUGGCCAUGGACGCCACAGUGGACCUGUUGGAGGACAUUAGGGUCGCUAUCGGAGACAGAACAUUCCUGAGACUGAUGGACAUCUCACAAGCAUCUGCACUGGUUUUUGUGGUGGACACCACGGGUAGUAUGGGUUAUGAUAUUGCUUAUGUCAAAGCAGUCACAGCUACAAUCAUUAAUGAAAGAAGAGGAAAACCAAUUGAGCCCUUUGAAUACAUUUUGGUCCCUUUCAAUGAUCCAGGAGUUGGUCCGGUGACGAGGACAACUGAUGCAAUGGAAAUGUUGACCAAGAUAAACAGCCUGACUCCUAGUGGAGGUGGAGACAACCCGGAAAUGAGCAUGUCUGGACUGAGACUUGCCCUGACAGCAGCUCCUCCUUCUUCCUUUAUUUUUUUGUUCACUGAUGCUGAAGCCAAAGACGCGUCUCUGAAUAAUGUUGUGACCGCUCUGAUAGAGACCACGAAGUCCAAGGUCGUUCCCAUCUUGACCCAGUUUGGUGCCAGACGUCGCAGAAGUGUUGUAGUUUCUCCCAACCAGUUGUAUCAGGAUCUGGCCCAGGCGUCUGGAGGUCUGGUCAUUGAAAUCGACAAGAGCCAGAUUUCAGCGAUUUCUGUGAAAACUCCUUUAAUAGAGAAAUUAUCAGUUGGAGCCGUGGUCACCGUUCUCCAGGCGGCGGUGAAUCCCGGCUCUCCGAGACAUUUUAAAUUUCUCGUUGACACGACUCUGAGCAACAUGCUGAUUUACAUCACUGGAGACCCAUAUGUCACCUUCACACUAACAAGCUCAACAGGAGUUUCUCAGACCUCCAGUAAGUCCACAGGCUCCCUGGGUUUGUUUUCUAGCUUAGGAACCCUGUGGUUGUUAACCGUGAACCCUGAGAACCAGACAGGGUGGUGGGCGAUCACACUCAACUGCUACACAGUCUGCACAGUCAAGGUCACAGGUCAGAGUUCCUUGAACUUUGUCUACAACCUCGUUGAACCACAAGAGGGCACCAACAGCAGCGUCAUUCCCAAGGAAGGACGUCCCUCCACAGGUGAAAACGUCACUCUGUGGGUCACCGUCACAGGAAGUGACACAGCUACAGUCAGAGACGUCACUCUGUUAGACUUCUCCACAUCAACACAAGUCAAUGGAUCAGUCCAGUCGAUAGGAAACAGCGACUAUCUGGUGACGUUCAGUGAAGUCCCGGCGCGGAGCUUCCUGGUUCGGCUGACGGGACAGGAGACGAACUCUGCCUCCACACCGAGCAGCUUCCAGAGACAGGCUGACACACAGAUCACAACCUCCCGUCUCUCUCUUACCGCUCAAGCUGACAGCCUGAUUAUUGAACCUGGCUCCAGCAUCUCCGUAUCUUUCACCGUAUCCUCAGUGGAAACUGGAACAUUCAUCAUACAAGCCAGCAAUGACCGCGACUUUGACAUGGUACAGACUCCCUCGGUGAGCAUCGGCGCAGGUGAUGGUGGUCAAGCUAGUGACAUGGUGGUGUUAAUAGCUCCAGCCAGUGCUGCUUCAGGAACAGAUGUUUCCCUCACUAUUGUUGCUGAGAACGCUGAUGGGACGGAAAUGAACUAUGUGGUGCUCAGGUUUUCAGUAGCUAUCAAGGUAACUGACCAUUCUUCUCCAGUGUGCCAGGUAGACAGAAUGUCAGGUGUUUGUCCAGCCUCUCCUCUCCUCUGUGCAUCUGUCCAGUGGGAGCUUGUUGUUAAUUUCACAGAUGGAAUCAAUGGGACUGGAAUUGAAACAAUUUCUCUACGCCAAGGGAAUGGUACUUUCAGUACCAGCAAUGUGGUUGGAGUAGGGGGGGAGAAUAUAACAGUAGUUUCUUACAGCUCCACCUGCUGUUCACAGAGUGUACAGCUAGCUGCUGUAGACAGAGUGGGAAAUGUGGGCAUAUGUACAGAAACCGCAAUAACCCUUACUACAACUGCCCCAAGUAGCACAACUUCACUUGUGACCAACAUCAAUCAUAUAACCACAACCAUUCCUGUGCUCGACUCCACCUCUGCUUCUGCAACAAUGCUUAUCACUGAGAACACAGCAGUAGUCCCACUGAUGGCUUGGAACAACAUCACUCCUGAGACCACACCAAUGGUCAUGACCAACACCACUCCUGAGACCACACCAAUGGUCAUGACCAACACCACUCCUGAGACCACACCAAUGGUCAUGAUCAACACCACUCCUGAGACCACACCAAUGCUCAUGACCAACACCACUCCUGAGACCACACCAAUGCUCAUGACCAACACCACUCCUGAGACCACACCAAUGCUCAUGACCAACACCACUCCUGAGACUACACCAAUGCUCAUGACCAACACCACUCCUGAGACCACACCAAUGGUCAUGACCAACACCACUCCUGAGACCACACCAAUGGUCAUGACCAACACCACUCCUGAGACCACACCAAUGCUCAUGACCAACACCACUCCUGAGACCACACCAAUGGUCAUGACCAACACCACUCCUGAGACCACACCAAUGGUCAUGACCAACACCACUCCUGAGACCACACCAAUGGUCAUGACCAAUACCACUCCUGAGACCACACCAAUGGUCAUGACCAACACCACUCCUGAGACCACACCAAUGGUCAUGACCAACACCACUCCUGAGACCACACCAAUGCUCAUGACCAACACCACUCCUGAGACCACACCAAUGCUCAUGACCAACACCACUCCUGAGACCACACCAAUGCUCAUGACCAACACCACUCCUGAGACCACACCAAUGCUCAUGACCAACACCACUCCUGAGACCACACCAAUGCUCAUGACCAACACCACUCCUGAGACCACACCAAUGGUCAUGACCAACACCACUCCUGAGACCACACCAAUGCUCAUGACCAACACCACUCCUGAGACCACACCAAUGCUCAUGACCAACACCACUCCUGAGACCACACCAAUGCUCAUGACCAACACCACUCCUGAGACCAACCCAAUGGUCAUGACCAACACCACUCCUGAGACCACACCAAUGGUCAUGACCAACACCACUCCUGAGACCACACCAAUGAUCAUGACCAAUACCACUCCUGAGACUACACCAAUGCUCAUGACCAACACCACUCCUGAGACCACACCAAUGCUUAUGACCAACACCACUCCUGAGACCACACCAAUGCUCAUGACCAACACAACUCCUGAGACCACACCAAUGCUCAUGACCAACACCACUCCUGAGACCAACCCAAUGGUCAUGACCAACACCACUCCUGAGACUACACCAAUGGUCAUGACCAAUACCACUCCUGAGACCACACCAAUGGUCAUGACCAACACCACUCAUGAGACUACACCACUGCUCAUGACUAACACAACUCCUGAGACCACACCAAUGGUCAUGACCAACACCACUCAUGAGACUACACUAAUGGUCAUGACCAACACCACUCCUGAGACUACACCACUGCUCAUGACUAACACAACUCCUGAGACCACACCAAUGGUCAUGACCAAUACCACUCCUGAGACCACACCAAUGCUUAUGACCAACAUCACUCCUGAGACUACACCACUGCUCAUGACUAACACAACUCCUGAGACCACACCAAUGAUCAUGACCAAUACCACUCCUGAGACUACACCAAUGCUCAUGACCAACACCACUCCUGAGACCACACCAAUGCUUAUGACCAACACCACUCCUGAGACCACACCAAUGCUCAUGACCAACACAACUCCUGAGACCACACCAAUGCUCAUGACCAACACCACACAUGAGACUACACCAAUGCUCAUGACCAACAUCACACAUGAGACUACACCAAUGGUCAUGACCAACACCACUCAUGAGACUACACCACUGCUCAUGACUAACACAACUCCUGAGACCACACCAAUGGUCAUGACCAACACCACUCAUGAGACUACACUAAUGGUCAUGACCAAUACCACUCCUGAGACCACACCAAUGGUCAUGACCAACACCACUCAUGAGACUACACCACUGCUCAUGACUAACACAACUCCUGAGACCACACCAAUGCUCAUGACCAACAUCACACAUGAGACUACACCAAUGCUCAUGACCAACAUCACACAUGAGACUACACCAAUGGUCAUGACCAACAUCACACAUGAGACUACACCAAUGGUCAUGACCAACACCACUCUUGAGACUACACCAAUGGUCAUGACCAACACCACACAUGAGACUACACCAAUGGUCAUGACUAACACAACUCUUGAGACUACACCAAUGGUCAUGACCAACACCACUCCUGAGACCACACCAAUGGUCAUGACCAACACCACUCAUGAGACCACACCACUGCUCAUGACUAACACAACUCCUGAGACCACACCAAUGGUCAUGACCAACACCAAUCCUGAGACCACACCAAUGCUCAUGACCAACACCACACAUGAGACUACACCAAUGCUCAUGACCAACAUCACACAUGAGACUACACCAAUGGUCAUGACCAAUACCACUCCUGAGACUACACCAAUGCUCUUGACCAACAUCACACAUGAGACUACACCACUGCUCAUGACUAACACAACUCCUGAGACCACACCAAUGGUCAUGACCAAUACCACUCCUGAGACCACACCAAUGCUCAUGACCAACACCACACAUGAGACUACACCAAUGCUCAUGACCAACAUCACACAUGAGACUACACCAGUGCUCAUGACCAACACCAGUCCUGAGACUACACCAAUAUCUACGACCAACAACACUCCUGUAACUGUAACCUACACCAGCCCUGGAACUCCAAAUGUCUUUCACAAUUCAACUCCUGCCCAAACUACAAACAGCUCUGUCAUCAGUACAGUUUUUGAAACUGCAGGUGUAACUAACUCAACAUCCUCUGGAGGGGACCCUGUAUGCUUGUCCUAUUCUCUGUGCAUUGCAGCUAUGAUUUGUUCAAUCCAAGUAUUCUUUAAUUAGGGAAAUUGAAAUGUUUGUAAUUGACUUGAAUGUGUCUCUAUAAUGGGAUUAAAUUGACUAAAUAUUUGUAGUGAAUCAGCACUAUAUUAAUUUUAUGAAUUGAAUUGAUUUCUCUUUGGGAGUAAAUAAUUUGAGCAGAUUUUAAUUGUAGUUCGUGAAGCACUGUUAAAAUUGCAUUUAAUUUGUUUUAUUUUAACUUCUGUUUAAUAUGCCUGUCUUUUUUGUUUGAGAGGUGGAGGGGGAAGUCAUGCAAGAACUGUUAAUGUGACACUGUCAACUAAAUAAAUGAA